AGGGGUCACAGAGGAACAUUAUAAAGGGUUCAAAAAAGCUUCUUUUAUAUUGAAAACAUCCGAGGUUUCUAUCAAUUUUUCUGGAGGGAAUUAGACAGGGGGACAAUGGUGUGUGGUUGGCACGUUUGGAGAGGUUGGGGGCAAAUUGACACAAAAAACAAUAUUUAGGGAAAUUUUUGUAAAGAGAGUGCAUUAUUUUUGCAACGUGACACGUCCAACGAGCGGCAUCUGAUUCGAUACAAUCUCCGACUCAUAUCAUAAAUCCCGGUCAAAGCCAAGCUUUCCCACUCACUUCUGAGUUUCGCCGCCGCCGCCUCUGUUAAGUUAAACUCAGAACAACAACAAACCCAAACACACAGAGACAAACAUUGCCAAUCAAUUCACUGUUUACUUCUUAUUCAUUCUCUUCGCAGAAAUUCGCCGAAAUUAACUUAUGGCUUCGUCUGCAAUUGCCCCAACUUCAGCUCCUUUCAUCAACAAGAAAGAGUUGGGCUUCUCUGCUUUGUCCUCGUCGUCUCCAUUUUCGAUUCAGAGAUGCAAGAGAACAACAGUCUCGAAGAAGAUUUGCUCCGUCAUGGCGCCUCAGCAAUCGGAGCGCAAGCCCGCCACCACUGGCUCGGUUAAGACGGGGAUGACGAUGACGGAGAAGAUUUUGGCUAGGGCUUCUGAGAAACCCCAGUUGAGCCCAGGGGAGAAUGUUUGGGUUAAUGUUGAUAUUUUGAUGACCCACGAUGUUUGUGGCCCUGGUUCCAUUGGAAUUUUCAAGAAAGAGUUCGGCCAGGAUGCUAAGGUUUGGGACCGUGAAAAGAUUGUAAUCAUACCAGACCACUAUAUAUUUACAAGCGAUGAACGUGCAAAUCGCAAUGUGGACAUCUUGCGGGAUUUCUGCACUGAACAAAAUAUCAAGUACUUCUAUGAUAUCAAAGAUUUGAGUAAUUUUAAGGCUAACCCGGAUUAUAAAGGUGUAUGCCAUGUUGCACUUGCUCAAGAAGGUCAUUGCAGACCAGGAGAGGUCCUGUUAGGUACAGAUUCUCACACCUGCACCGCUGGGGCUUUUGGCCAAUUUGCUACUGGAAUUGGAAACACUGAUGCAGGUUUUGUGUUGGGCACUGGGAAGCUUCUGCUCAAGGUGCCCCCUACUCUGAGGUUCAUAAUGGAUGGUGAAAUGUCAGAUUACAUUAUGGCCAAAGAUUUGAUUUUGCAAAUUAUUGGCGAAAUAUCUGUUGCUGGUGCAACAUAUAAAGCUAUGGAGUUUGUCGGCACAACCGUCGAAAGUUUAAAUAUGGAAGAGAGGAUGACUUUGUGCAACAUGGUUGUGGAAGCUGGGGGAAAGAAUGGUCUUGUCCCUGCAGAUACUACUACUUACAAAUACUUGGAGGAUAAAACAUCUGUACCCUAUGAGCCUGUGUAUAGUGAUGCACAAGCAAGGUAUCUUUCCGAGUACAGAUUUGACAUCUCAAAACUGGAGCCAUUGGUAGCAAAGCCUCAUUCUCCUGAUAAUCGUGCUUUAGCAAGAGAGUGCAAAGACGUGAAAAUUGAUAGAGUCUAUAUCGGAUCUUGUACUGGUGGUAAAACAGAGGAUUUUAUGGCUGCUGCAAAACUUUUUCUAGCGUCUGGCAAAAAGGUUAAAGUUCCAACCUUCCUUGUCCCUGCCACCCAAAAGGUUUGGCUGGACAUUUAUACUCUUCCGGUACCGGGAUCCGGUGGAAAGACUUGUUCCCAGAUAUUUGAGGAAGCUGGUUGUGAUACACCCGCAAGUCCUAGUUGCGGUGCUUGCUUGGGUGGUCCAAAAGACACAUACGCCCGCAUGAAUGAACCUAAGGUAUGUGUGUCGACAACCAACCGUAACUUCCCAGGACGAAUGGGACACAAGGAAGGCCAGAUAUAUCUUGCUUCGCCAUACACAGCAGCAGCAUCUGCAUUGACUGGCUAUGUCACUGACCCAAGAGAGUUCUUGCAGUAAGAUGUUAAAAUGUCAUAAAAGUAAAGCUGUACUUUGAUUUGGUGAAUAUAAAAGUUAAAAAGAGUGGUUGAGUUUUUAUUUCUCACCAAGGGAGCAUGUUUAUUGAGGUCGUACAAUGUGGUAGAUCUGUCGUAUGCUUGUUUAGGAUAUCGACUUAGAAAUUGUCUUUGGUUUGCUGUGUUGUUCUGAAUAAAAAGUUCCUCGUUUAACUUGACGUGUGUACUAAAGGAAUUGCUGUUGUUAGUAUAAAUCAAAAUUAUUGUUA